AUGACUGACAUCUUAAAGAAUCCUAAGGUGAGAUAAAUCAUUCAAGAUGUUGUAGGAGGAUGUGCGAAUUAGACUGCAACAGUGCUUGAAAUGACAUUUGUGUAAAUAUACACUGCGGAUGAAGGUAAGCACAAAUUUCAUGGAUCCAACAUUGCAGGAAUUCUGUGCUUUCUAAUAGACAGAAGAGAAGGAAAAUGCUUUUACUUGAGAGUUUAUGAUCCUGCAACUCUGUAAGUUCUAUUUUCAAUGGAACUUUGUUAUGGAAUCAAAGACUUUUGGUAACCUGUCCAUGGAAUCGCCAAUUUCUAUAGCAUACCCAUUUCUAAAGGUUUUAUUGGUUUCUUGUUUCCAAAUGUCGAUGAAGCUACAAAGAUAACGUAAAAGAUUUGUUCAAAUGGUCCAACGAAACAAUAAUUAGAAGAAAUUAAUGCCUAAAUUGAAAAAGAGGAAAAGGAGAGAAAGAAACUUGACAAACUAGAAAAAGAAAAGGGAACAGUUAAAGGUGCAUUUAAAGACUUUUUUGGAUUGAAUAAACAAGUCGAGAAGUAAGUAUAAGUGAGUGGUCCAACCGGAUUCAAAAGGAAUUAAUUAACAUUUAAUCUUGACACCGGAGAAAUUAACUUAGAUGAAUUGCCUCCAGAGCUGAUCAAUGCUUUCAAAAAGGCAGGAAUUACUAAAAAGGAUUUACAAGAUAAAAAUCAAGCCAAAGAAAUCUUCAAGGCUGUUGCUAAUUUCAAUGAAAAUCCUACUGCUCCUCCUCCCCCUCCUCCACCUCCUCCUUCAAAGUAGCAACAAUAAUAACAAGUCGUUCCACCACCUCCUGCGCCUUCAGCUAAAGGUGGUGCUCCACCUCCACCUCCUCCACCCCCUCCUCCUCCUCCUCCACCUCCUCCCCCUCCCAAAGGUGUUCCACCUCCUCCUAGAGGUCCUCCACCUCCCCCACCUCCUAAGGCACCUAUUAGUGGAUAACCCCAAGUGACUUAGCCUAAUACAUAACAGUAAUAGCAAGCUCCAAAACAACAACCUAAAAGUUAAUCCAAUAAAAAUGAUCUAUUGGCUGAAAUUUAGUAAGGUGUGAAGUUAAAACAUGUUGAAAAGAAUGAGUGUAAAGUAGACAUAAAAGAAAUGGAUAAAAAACAAUAAGAUGAUUUAUCAAGUUAUUUAGCUUAAAUGAUGGCUCAAAGAAGAGAACAACUAACUAAAAAUAGAAAGGAUAGCUCUGAUAGUCAUAAUUCUGGUUGGUCUGAUGAUUGA